AUGGAGGCAGUUAUGAGGAACUCAUCCAGCGAUUACAAGCACCGGAUCGGAAAUCCUAAAAGGAAUUUUGGUAGUAACCGUGCUUUGGUUUCGUAUCCAUCUGAUAAUCAGCUUCUGACGAGCUUUCUCGCCGCCGGAUACUGUGGCGGAGGCGGUUUAAUGUCUAUGCCUCCGUCGUCUCUCUCUCAUUCGUACCCGCCGCUUUUCGGUGGACGGCAGAAUCUCCAGUACCACAGUCAACAGCCGCCUCUUCUUCCCCUUCCACUCCCACUGCCGCUAAAUCAUCUGAAUAUGAAUAUCCAUCGUAGCAAUAGUUCUUCUAACAAUAACAUCCGAUUAUCACCUCCUCGAAUCAACAAAAGUGUCAAAAACCGAGGGCGAGAUCAUUCUCUCACACCAAAAAAAUCAAAAAAUCAAAAGAAGGAUAUCAAGAGAGAGGAAAGGGAUGGGGAUCUGCUUCCACCGGCCACGACCGAGAAGAAGGAAGCGCCACCGGCGGAAAAGUGUUCAACUGAAUCCUCGAUUGACGAGAUGAUGGGACCAGAUCCGAAGGAACUUCCGAAGGAUGUUAUUUCUAGGGUUUUCUCAUCCUCGCUUAACAACUCCUGUGAAAUUGUUUCUCUUCCUGAUGAUAAGUUUUCAGGUUCUGUUGUGUUUACUCCUUCUCCACCUCCAAGCAGCUUGCCUUUGCCUACUUUUUCACUCCGGCCAAAGCUCAGUUGCAAAGCCGAGGCGGCCGCAGCAGGAUCUGUUAUCGAUACCGGAGCUACUGAUAGCCUCCGACGCCUUCUCCGACUCCGGUAA